AUGACUUUUAUUUUCGACACUGGCUCAGCUUGGUUAUGGGUACCUUCAGAUGCUUGUCCGAAAUCAUAAUGUCCUGGAAAUUAAUUUCAUUACGGAUAAUCAUCAACCUAUUAAUAGACAGGGUACAACGAAACAGUUACAUAUGGCAAAGGUUAAGUAAAAGGAUAUGUAGUUCAAGAUUAAGUUUCUUUGACAUCUGCUACAACUGGUAGUACAUACGUAGCUUAAAGUUCAAAGUUUUUAUCAAUAUAUGAAGCGUCUGAUAUCAGCGGAUUAAUAUCUGAUGGACUAUUAGGACUGUCACCCAAUUUCAUUUCUAGUACUAAUGGAGAGCUUUUAAUAGCAAGUUUAAAAAAGAGUGGAGCAAUCAGCAAGUAAAUGUUUGCAUUAUAUUUAGCAAGUACUACAAAAACAAGUUAAAUAUAGUUUGGUGGGUAUGAUUAAACUCAGGUUUUAAGUAGAUAUUCAACAGCUGAAAAAGUUAAUAAAACAGCAGAAGAUCUAAUCUGUUGGGUGAAGAUAGUUUCUAAAGCAUAUUGGUAAGUUUAACUAGACUAAGCCACUGUAAAUGGAUAGGCGAUCUCAAUCAAAAUUUAGAAAGUGGUGUUUGAUAGUGGAGCUUCACUAAGUUACGUGCCUUCUUAUGAUUACUACUUAAUUUAUAAUGCUAUUUUCGAUUCAAAAAAUACAGCGAAAUGUGCUAUUUCUAAAACAUCAUAGCUUUUGCUUUGUGAUUGCACAAGUGUAUUAGAUCCAAGAUAUCCAAGCAUAACUUUUAGAGUUGAGGAUUCAGAUACUAGAGCUACCUUUUGGCUUCUUGGUGAUCCAUUUCUUAGAGCUUACUACACAAUAUAUGACAUGGAUAAUUAACGAAUCGGAUUUGCUGGUAAAAAUAUAGAUAAUGGAUCCCCGAUUUCAGCAUAUUCUUCAAGUGACGAUGACUCUAUAUUAGGAAAUACCACAUAUAUCAUAAUUAUCUGUGUCAUUGGAGGGGUCACAUUGCUCCGAAUAGCAUAAGCUCAAUAAGAUAAGACAUCAUAAAAGCAAAUACCCUGA